AUGGAUGACAAAAUAAUAUGGGGACUGUCAGAAAAAGGGAUAUUUACAGUAAAGAGUGCCUAUCAUGCAGACUUGGGGAUCAAGAACCAAAAUAUGGGAGAAACUUCCAGUGGAGAUCAAAGUAAAGGGCUGUGGGGGAGGCUAUGGAGAUUAACAAGCUUAGGCAAGGUGAAACUAUUCCUAUGGAAGGCUCUCAAUGGAAUACUUCCCACGAGGAGUAUCCUCUUCAAGAGAAGGGUCAUUGAUAACUCAACAUGUCCUAUGUGCAGCAGAGAGGAAGAAACUGACAUACAUGUGCUUUGGGAUUGCCCUGCAGCAGUAGAUGUUUGGGGCGAGGACUGCAGUCCAGUUAGAAAAUGGGGAAGGAACUUUGGUGACUUCACAACAUUGUGGUCUGAGCUCCAGUCUAAGUUAGAGGAAGGAAAACUCCACAUAGUAGCUGAGGUGCUUUAUGGCUUGUGGAGGAGAAGGAAUGCUAUGGUUUUCGAAGGAAAAUUCAAGGGGCCAUGCGUAUUGAUCCAGCAGGCAGUGAGAGAUGCAGAGGCAGUCACAUUGGCUCAUGAAAAACCAAGAGAGAAUCGAACAAGGCCAGUAGAGACAGUGAGAACCGUGUGGAAACCUCCAAGCCAAGACUAUCUGAAGGUGAAUGUGGAUGCAGCAGUGGAUUCAAAAAGAGGAAAGGUGGGAAUUGGUAUUGUAGUGAGGGACUUCAGAGGAGAGGUGCAUGUGAUAGUUGCUGCCCCUAGACAAUUAACAAGGAAUGCUAGUGUAGCAGAGAGUCUAGCCAUGCUUAGAGCAAUUCUCCUGUGUAGUGAACUAGGACUCACUCGGGUGCAGUUGGAGGGUGAUGCAAAAGUGGUAGUGGAAGCAAUCAACUUCAGAUCUUUUAACACAUCUUGGGAUGGAUAG